AUGGCGUACAUUAUCUCAACAAUCUCCUACACAACCUACAUUGGCCAUAUGAUUCUUGCCCUUGUUGCAAUCUACGUAAGAUUUAAGGUACUCAAUAUUUUCAUUGAGAAAAAUUUUGUCUCCCAAGAAAUUGUUGUUAUGAUUUUGGGGUACAUGGUUACCACUUUUGUGUACACAAUUCAAGCAUGUUUUGGAGUCUACCGUACACUAUUCUCAAGUGCAACAUAUUCUCAAAGACGAGAAGUUUUUGUAUAUGUGGAUAUGCUAUGGAUAAUCCACUACAAUGUCUAUUUAUUUGCUGUUAUAGUUUUUAGUAGUCUUAUUAAACAAGCAGGAAAAAGUACGGCUGCUCUGGUUCACAAAGCCAUCAAUCUACACCGCAAUCCCAAAGUUAUUGAAAAGAUUUUGGGGUACAUGAUUUCUAGUUUUGUGUACACAAUUCAAGCAUGUUUUGGAGUCUACCGUACGCUAUUCUCAAGUGCAACAUAUUCUCAAAGACGAGAAGUUUUCGUAUAUGUGGAUAUGCUAUGGAUAAUCCACUACAAUGUCUAUUUAUUUGCUGUUAUAGUUUUUAGUAGUCUUAUUAAACAAUCAGGAAAAAAUAUAGCUGCUCUGAUUCACAAAGCCAUCAAUCUACAACGCAAUCCCAAAGUUAUUAAAAAGAUGCGCAUCUUUUCCCAACAACUUGGACAUCGUCAGCCAAUUGUCACAUGUGGUCUGUUUCCAUUCGAUUGGAGUCUCUUCUAUUCGUCUAUUGGCCUCUGUGUUACGUACUUGACGAUUAUGAUUCAACUAGAUUCAUCCUACAACAGCACACAAAAUACCACCCUCCCAGUUUCGUGGAAUAAUUCGUCAGGAGCCUCCGGAGCCGGCAAUUCCAUGUAAUAUGUACCUAACAAUUGAGUUGUAAUAUACAAGACAAGCACGCCAA